UGUGGACUGGAAUUUGGGAACGGCAUAGUUCGCGGAACACCAACUUCCGUCCAGGAAAGAAGAAUUGCGUCUAUUGAACGGAUGCAGCACGUCUAUGGAAACAUGGAGAAGCCUCAGGAGUAGCGGCAGUAAAGGGGAGCCGCAGGGCAGCAAGGCUGUUGUUAGUUUGGUCGCUUUCCCCCUCUCAAUCUGCCGAUUCACAGCCACACUCCAGCGUUCUCGCAUUCCCGCUGAUUCUCCAAGCCUAGCAUCACCCACAAGUCGCUAUGGCUACCGCUCAGCUUUCAAGUACGAUUUCCGCUCAGAUUCUUUCGAGAAGUGGGAGCUAUGGAGUGGAAGGAAAUUGUUACGAGUCGCAGUUGGGGCAGCGGUUUGUAUCUUUUAGGCCCACUGGCAUUUCAAGUGCCUCCUCUCCUGGAUCUUCGUCCAUUCAAGGAUUCAGGUUGCGUCAGUCCUUGUUUGAGGGGGACAGGGGCAAGGGGCGGUGUUCAUGGCGCGUCGAGGCGGCGGCUGGUGUGGACGAGCGAAUAGCAGAGGCGGAAGUGGGGAAGAGGGGAAGCGUCAUUGUGAUUGAUAACUAUGAUAGCUUCACUUAUAACCUAUGUCAGUACUUGGGAGAUUUAGGGUGCAAGAUAGAGGUUUAUAGAAAUGACGAAAUUACUGUUGAAGAGCUCAAAGCGAAGAAGCCGCGGGGUGUUCUGAUUUCUCCGGGGCCAGGGACUCCUCAAGACUCAGGGAUUUCGCUGCAGAUAGUGAGAGAGCUUGGUCCUACCAUUCCCUUGUUUGGUGUUUGCAUGGGUCUGCAGUGCAUGGGGGAGGCGUUUGGAGGGAAGAUUGUUCGUGCGCCGAACGGAGUAAUGCAUGGCAAAACGUCCCCUGUUUUCCAUGAUGAGAAAGGCGAACCUGGGCUGCUGGACGGUCUUCCCAGUCCUUUCACUGCGUGCCGCUAUCACAGCUUGGUCAUAGAGGAGGCCACAUUUCCAGCGGACCAACUUGAGGUUACAGCAUGGACUGAGGACGGGCUUGUGAUGGGAGUCCGUCACAAAGUCUACAAGCACAUUCAAGGAGUGCAAUUUCAUCCUGAGAGCAUCCGAACUCAAAACGGGAUGCAGAUCGUCGGAAACUUUCUUAAGAUUUUAGAUAGAAAGGAGGCGGCUGACAAGGAAGGAGUUGAAACACAAAUUUUGGAGAGUGUUUGAGUGAUGAGUGAUACUGGGAUCCUUUUUUCUGGGAAAGAUUGCCAGCAGCAGUAAGCUUGCUUUUGUUAGAUUCCUCUCCCUACAGCGUGUACCUCCUCGAAUAUGCACUCAAGCAAGCCUAGAGGUUGCUGCUAUAGAUUUCUCGGUAAGACAGGGUAUUAUUGAGGCAUUUUUUGCGCUUCCAGAUGGAGCUACUACCACAAGUAUCUAUCCUAUUAUUAUCUUUAACUUCGAUGGAUUUGCCAUGAUCACUGAGGUACGUCGAAGUUGUGAUUGGACUUGUAGUGAUCACUUCCAGAGCGAGCUAUCAAACUGGUGCCUAGAGGAGCAACGCAAGGAGUGCUGAAUUAUUCUAAUGAUCUCAUUUAGCCUAAGUUUUCCGUCAAACAUAGUGAUGUUUUUAAGUUCAUCUCGUUAGUGAAACAUCUCAAAGAAGGUACACCAUUAAAUUAUUGCAGGGGUUGUGAUGACUUUAUUUAAUAGUUGACCUCUUCAAUUGAGAACGCAUUGCUCUCCUUUUGUAUAGUUUCAAUCAUAUCAAAGCUCUAUUUGUUCUCUGUACCUUAAGCCUUGUGUAAGGCAUUUAAAUAAUCUCUUCCACGAUUAAGAUGGUA